GAUGGUAGAGAUAUUCUUGAGUUUUAUUGACAAAAGUAGUUCACCUUGACGUUGUUGUCACUUUUUACCACUAGUUUCAAUUCAUCUUACUCGAAAAGUAGUGCUUAUUUCGUUUAGGUUUUAAAACGGAACAACAUAAAUAAACAGGGUAUUGUCCACUGGGCCUUUGGAGGGUUUCCUAAUCCAGCCGAAUGAACAGAUCAACAGCAAAGAAUCUCAUAGAGCGCUACUUCCGGCAAUUGACAGAAGGCUGUGGUAAUGACGACUGCGACAAUGAGUUUUGCGCUUCAUGUCGGCAUUUUAGACCACUGGAUAAAAACAUGGCGGCGGUCCGAGCGGUACGGCUGUGUAAGAGUAAUGCCAAGCUUUGUGAUGUCAAAGUGGCGCAGUCUGAAUUGGACGUUGAACCAUUGGAUCAAAAGGAGGACUUUUCAGAUGUCCAUUACUUCACAGAGAACACGGUUUGUAUGAUUCUCAGUUCGUGUGAAGAGGACGGCGACUACUCCGCCCUCAUCCGCGUUGUCGGCCGGGUUUUCUCCAAUGCCAACGCCCUGAUGAAAAGUUUCCGUAAAGAUGAACCAGACUCUGCCGGGGCUUCAGCUGAACUGGGCGCCUCUCUUGACAUUGACUCUGUCCGGCGUUUCUACGAGCGACUCCAGACCAUCGAGCUGGCCGAAUCUGCUCUGGUCAACGCUCUCGUCUACCUCACUCCCAACGUAGAGCUGGACCUGGAGUACCUGGAGGCGUAUGAGACCAACCCGGAUUAUUUGAACAUCUUCAUAAUUCUGAUGGAGAAUACAAACCUCCACAGCCCCGAGUUCCUGGAAGUGGCGCUACCGCAGCUGUGCAAGGCAAUGAGUAAAUUACCAGUGGCCGCCCUGGCCCGGCUGUGCAACCUGUGGUCCGGAUACGAGCUUCCGCAUGUUCAACGCAUGAUGGAGACCUUCCAGCAGCUCAUCACAUACACCGUAGUUAGCCAUGAGUACGACAGUGAGCACCUGGUCAACGACGACGAGACGGUAGUGGCCGCCUGCAAGUGUCUGAAGGUGGUCUUCUAUGCCAGCCUAAUCGGCGGCGAGGUCGAUGUCGAGCACGACGACGAGGACGACUUAGACGUGGUCAGUUCAGAUGAAGUUAGUGUACAUGAACUUCUAGGUGAGGAACGGCUCUACAAAAAGGGUCCUCAUGUGGACCUACUGGGGAAAGAACUAGGGGUCCGAGCAAUCGACAGCAGGAAGCCCCUCAUCCCGUUUGAGGACUUUGUCAAUGAGUCUCUGAACGAUGUAGUGGAGAUGGACAAAGACUUUACCUUCUUCAAGGUGGACGCUGAAACCAAGUUCUCUUUCCAAACCUGCCCAUUCGUCCUAAACGUGGUUACCAAGAAUCAGGGGCUGUACUAUGACAAUCGGAUCAGGAUGUACAGCGAACGGCGCCUGACGGAUCUUUACGGCUCUGUCCCGGGACAGCAGCCCAGCCCUUACCUCAAGCUCAAAGUGCGGCGAGAUCACAUCAUUGACGACGCGCUCGUCAGGCUGGAGAUGAUCUCCAUGGAGAACCCAUCCGACCUUAAAAAGCAACUCUUUGUCGAGUUCGAGGGUGAACAAGGUGUGGACGAGGGUGGCCUUUCCAAGGAGUUCUUCCAGUUGAUCCUUGAGGAAAUUUUUAAUCCUGACAUUGGAAUGUUCACCUACGAUGACGACACCAAGCUUUUUUGGUUCAACUCAUCCUCCUUGGAGACGGAAGCCCAGUACACUUUAGUGGGCAUCGUGCUCGGCCUCGCCAUCUACAACAACUGCAUCCUGGAUGUGCACUUCCCCAUGGUGGUCUACAGGAAACUCAUGGGCAAGAAAGGCACCUUCUUGGACCUCCUUGACUCACAUCCAGUUCUCUACAAGAGUCUGAAGGAGCUGUUGGACUACACUGGCGACGUGGAGGCGGACAUGUCGCUCACCUUCCAGAUUUCCCAUACAGAUCUUUUCGGAAGCCCUGUGUUGUAUGACCUCAAGGAGGAGGGCGAAGACAUUCCUGUUUCCAAGGAGAACAGACAGGAGUUUGUGGACCUUUACGCCGACUACAUUCUGAACACAAGCGUGGGGAGGCAGUUCCGUGCGUUUAAGAAAGGUUUCCUCAUGGUAACCAGCGAGUCCCCGAUGAGAUACUUGUUCAGGCCCGAGGAAGUGGAGUUGCUUAUCUGUGGAAGCAGGAAACUUGACUUUGAAGCCUUGGAGAAGACAGUAGAAUAUGACGGAGGUUAUAGCAAGGACACACAAAUUAUCAAGGAUUUUUGGGAAACGUUGCACUCAUUUGGAGACGAACAGAAGAAGCUGUUCCUGCAGUUCACCACCGGCACGGACAGAGCACCUGUCGGCGGACUUGGCAAGCUCAAAAUGAUCAUCGCCAAAAAUGGCUCAGACUCCAGCAGGCUGCCGACGUCGCACACCUGCUUCAACGCGCUUCUCCUUCCGGAAUAUUCCUCCAAGGAGAAGCUGCGAGAGAGACUUCUCAAGGCAAUCACUUACGCCAAAGGCUUCGGAAUGCUGUGACGUGGCUGUCGUGGAGGUAUUGUUUUGGGAGUACCAACCAAGUAUUCCUUCAAUUCACUAAGGGGUGCCUACUUCUGCGAACCUGUGCCUCAACAAGCUUUACGACUUUGGAACUCUUUUUUUUUUUCUUCUUCUUUUUUUCUUUCUUGUUUUUUGAGUGAUUUUCUUGUUUUUUGAGUGAUUUUUGGUUCUUCACUGACUGCCGUUGGCGGCGAUCGCUGCCAGCUCCUCCCAGUUCAACUGGAUUGGACGGCUAACGCCAUCAUUGGCACUAAAACAAUCAUUCACAAGGUCAAUUGCAGUGCAAAUUUUCUGAAUUCUGAUCAUUUGAAGUGAAGUGUUUAAGGGGAUGUUCAGAAUUUUUGACAUCAGGCUUAGGUUUAAUUAGUCGGUGGGAGUGAUUUUAACAAAUUCCGUGUAGUUUGUGAGUUAUUUGUUAGUUUCAGGGCUCCAGAGUGGCUAAGCUAACACGAGUCAAUUGGGCUGACUUAGCAUGCCAAUAAAAAACAACAUAUGCACACAUUGUUGGCUAUGUUUUCAGCUAAAGUUAUUAAAACUUAGCUUUGCAUGUCAAUAAGUGCAGUAUGAACAGAAACAUUUGUAAUCCAGCAGCUCUGCAUAGGCGCAGAGUGGAGUGUUAUCACCAGAGGUUGCGCUAGACUUUUUCGUUGUCUGUCAUUUUGACUGACAGGGACAUAAAAAUCCAGUCAUAAUCUAUUUUUACCCGUCACUUAAAUUUUUAAAAUGACUAUAUCUUGAUGCAGUCACUAUAUCUAUAUACACAAUAAUACAAUAAUACUUUAUAAUAUAAAGUAACUAACUAGUGCAGUCAUGGAUUACAGUAAGCAGGCCAGUACUGUGUUUCCAGAUAUAUUUUUAUUAUAUUAUGUAUAUACAGGAUAUAUAUAUAUUUUUUUAUUCCCCCAAGUGGGACCUUCCAUGAUCCUAAUACAUUUAAUAAUACCUAAUACAUUUACCGUAAUUUCCCGAAUAUAAGGCGCACCCGUGUAUAACGCGCACCCCAAAUUUACUUGUAAAAUCUAGGGAAAAUUAUUGUACCAGUGUAUAACGCGCACCCUAAUUUUAGCACCAAUAAAUAGAACAAUACAAGAAAACAGAGCUCGUGUACAGAUACAGAAAUGUCAUUUUACUGUCUGGUGAAACACAGCACAAGCAUAGCACAUUGGUAGUUAAAAACAUUACCGUAAACUGACAAAAUGUACAGUAAUAAUAUGAUCUGAUAACUUCUUCAACUUACCGGAAUCCAGGAGAAAACAAAACAGAUAUGACUUUUCUUUUAAAGGCUGCUGUAUAAUUUGCUCGUUUCAUCAUGUUGAAUAAAUGUUUCAUCCACGGAUUGAUACGGUAAAAUGAAAGUGAGAACGUUAGUCAGAAAUCCGAGAGAGCUCAUCGCUGUAGACACGACAGUAACAAUAGAAACUAUUGUUAUUUGGGUUUGAGUUUCCCGAGGGACAGAUACAGUUGACGGACACAGGAAGUCUGUGUUGUAUUACGUUUGUUAUGGUCCGAGUUGCGGAGCUGCAAUAAACAUUGACUCAGAUGAGUUCAAGAAACUAAAUUCUGUGCUUUAUGAAGAGUGAAAAAAGCAGAAUUUAACACAGACGAAAUCAUUCGACCGAUCAGAGUGAAGUAUUACCGAAAGAAAAUAGUGACAUCACGUACCGUAAUGGUCGACAACGGAUCGCCGCAUAAGUUUCUUCAACACAACAUGGCCGUGUCAAUUAAAAACAAAUCGGUUUUUAUAUAUAUGUAAUAUAUAUAUAUCUCUGUCUCCAUCCAUUUACCCGUGUAUAAUGCGCACCAUGAUUUUACAAGUUGAUUUUGGGGGAAAAAAGUGCGCGUUAUAUUCGGGAAAUUACGGUAAUAAUAAUAAAAUAUUAUAUAAUUCCAUUAUAUAUAUAUAUAUAUAUAUAUAUUUUAAAUUUAUUUAUUAUUAUUAUUAAAUAAAAAUGCACAUUGAUACGACGCACAUAAAGGCAACUUUCAAUUUUAAAAAAAAUCGUUAGAAAGUUGUAUGGACUUACAAUCCGCUAGCUUGUUGUUUCCUGUUGUCUUCCGAAAUACACCUGGGUGACGUCGCGUCAAGUGUUCGUUCAUAGCCGACGUGCUACCGUGGUAUGCGAGCUCAGCUUAGCAAAAAGAGUACACACAGUGGUGGCACCCUCCAUAUUUUCCUUGAAAUAAUUUCAGGCUCUGGCUAGUCUGGUCCGCUUUUUUGGCUUUAUGCCGCUUUCACCGUGUUACCAAUUCUGCCCUUCUUGGUAAUUGGCGGCGUUUUCAACUGCUCGCCGCAGUGAGGAGUGAACCGGCGAUUCACUUGAUUCGUUGUCAUCCUUCACUGCAUCAGUCCCUGUUUUUUCACCUCUUUUAUCAACACCAUCGUCGUUUUGGGGCUUUUUGAAGAAACUUCGGACACUCAGUUGCCUUGACAUUUUUGCGAGUAAGGCCAACGACGUCAUGCAUCAAGAGAGACAAUUAGCUAAUUAAUAUGCUCACUCGCCACCCUGUGGUCUGGGGUGUGAAUUGCAACCUGUCAAAAUGACGGAUUGACUUCAGUUUUUUCCGUCACCGUUGUAAAAAACCGGUCAACGACGGAAAAUAUUCGGUUAAUGCGACCCCUGGUUAUCACAUCGUUUUUUUCCCCGCUUAUUUUUUAUGUCCUUGCCAGCAGUAAGUAACCAGUUUAUAUUAUUCCCUGUUCUUCAUAGAGAAUUUGUGGAAGCUUUGCUUUGCCCUUUUCUUCUGUCUGUUUCCACAGCAUCUUAAGGCACAUUUCGCCAUGUUGCCAGCUGUCAGUUAACUCAGCACACUGAUGCUGCAUCCGAGGAAGGUGGGAAGUCAGAGUUUCUAACCUCUGAUCUGGAAAAAUAACAUCAGUACGCCUCUGCUAUUUGAUCGCUUAUGAGAAAUCAGGUUUGCUGGAGCUCAAAAUCUCUUUUGAUUGCCAAAAUAAAAAACAACUUGUCGCGAUCAGCCAUCUUUGCUGUUCACAUUAGCUUGGAACGCUUUGAGGUCACAACUGGUACCAUCCGAGCGGCAUAAGUCCGACUUCCCACCUUCCUUGAAUGCAGUGUGAGCACGAGUGGCUGAAGCACUCCUCUCUAUUGCGGUCGUAUUACGUAUCUAAAAAAAUAGGCCUGCAGAAUGAAAUGAAUUACGGCAGUUUGGUGUGAUAUUGUUUUGGCCGCAUGGGUGUUUUGGAACAAUCAUCUGCAAUAUGAAUUUUAUUUGACUUUGAUGGAUCUGUUAAUAGAUCUGUAUCAUUUUUUAUUGGCAUGCUAAGAAGGGACCAUUGACGCAUGCUAGUUUAGCCACUCUGGAGCCCUGAAACUCACAAAUAACUUCCAAACUGCAUGGAAUUUGUUGAAAUCAACUCCACCAAAUAGUUAAACACCCGCUAACUCAAAGAUUAAGCCUAAUGUCAAAAAUUCUGAACUUCCGCUUUAAGGCUAAACCAAGUGUGUGUGUGUGAUCAGAUGGUGGACUCUUCUUCUGCUUGUUUGUGAUGAAGUACCGUGAUUUCCGGACUAAAAAGCGCACUGGACGAAAAAUGAAAAAAAUCAACAGAAACGCCGCACCUAACUGUAAGCCGCUGGUGUCCACGACUUGAACCUUGUUAUAUUACCGCGUUUCACCCAUAAAAUCCCCCCAAAAUCCAGCUGUGGCCAUUCACAACUGUGUCUUAACACUCAGUGAUACAUACUACAUUGAGUUUUUGGAUCGAAACAAGGUAAGUACGCGAUAAUAUCUCGUUAAAGUCAUGGCGUCUUUAAUUCUGCUCUUUCAUACUCUCACCUCCAGAUAGGGUUUUGCUGUUUAAAUUUAAUUUUUUUUAAAAUGCCAUCUUGUUCAAAAAUUUUCUUCCCCCAGAAAAUUGAGAUUUUAAGCUUUCCAAUGAUGUAUCACACAUGCAUAUCGGACAAUUUUGAAAGUUUGCCAAAUUGGGGGUCUCAGAGCAGAACUUCAUGUCACAUGAGUGUUUUCCCGCCAUAAGCAUGUUGAGUCGCUAUCCAGCUUGUUUUCCAUGUCUCCCUCCUUUAACACACCUGAAUCAAAUAAUCAGGAUUGUUAUCAGGCUCCCACAGAGCUUGUUGAUGAGCUGAUGACCGGACUUGCAGACCCCCUGUUCUUUAGAACAUAAAUCCAACAGUGGGCAGAACACACGCACAAAUACAGUAACACUGUGUAUCUGUGGUUUUUUUUGUGUGUGUUCAAUUUCACUGAUCUCCAAAAAAUAUUGCAAAAACGCUUGUUCUUGAAUAAUUUUGGGAUGCUGAAUGCAAAUCCGACUGUAGUUUUUUUUCUCCCUGCAAGUGAAGAUUUUAAAAAAAAAAAAAAAAAAUACAAUUAAAAAAUUAUUGCAAGGCGGUAUUUUUAACACAGCGGUUUUAUAGCUGCCACUAAAAGAGAAACAAUAUGCAGCAAAAUACCUGUAAUUCCAUGGUUUGACAACUGCAGAAAAUAUGAAAAGUGCUGUAAACGUCACUGCUGCCAAUGUGCUCCAAAUGUUGAAAUCAGUCAGUUAUGACAAACAAAUGCUGACAACGGUUCAGAAAAAAGGAAACGUUAAAUUAGUAUUGGGUAAAAAAAAAAAAAAAUAAUAUGAAGAAAUGUUGACCAGUUUUUUCACAGCGUCAACUCUAUUCUCUGGCUCAGUGUCCAAAUACGCUAUGAACGCUAGAUGGUGCUGCAAAACAACAUAUG